AUGGGAAACGUAAGUCUACGGGGACCGUAUCAACCGCAACCGAAACUGUUCUUUUUCAAAGGGACCAUCAGCCGAAAUGCGACGGAAUCAGGAGGAGUUCAACAGGCUUCGGAAGGACGGAUUCGAAACGUUUCGCGAGAAAUGUGCGCCCGAGAACCUGGUGAACGAUAAACGGAUACGUGGUGGAGGGAGACGGACGGCGCACGAGUUGGAGCAGUUUCUGCGAGAUAUUGUUGAGCUGGAUUUGCAGAGUUUGAUAGGUACGGUUCGGUUGCAAAGUGUCUGAUUCUACCGCAAAGUGAGGAAGGAAUUUCGAUUUUGUUCUAGAACAGUAAUAAACUGUUGAGAAAUGAGUCUGUAACUCAAAAGGAGACUGUUUUAAAUCAAAAUGAUCAACUACAAAGUUAUAGAGCACAAAAUUCUCAACAACUUUUCAGUUGACCCCUUUUUGAAAUAAUCACAGGAUUUCGAGAUAUAGGGCUCUAAAGACAAACGUACUUUCUUGCUGCUUACGCGGAAGUUGUUUAGAAAAAAGCUCAUAACUUAAAAAUGACAAAUUUUGAAACCAAAUGCCUAACUACAAAGUUAUAGAGCACAAAAUUUGCUACAACUUUCCAGUUGACCUCUUUUUGGUAUGACUAUUAGUUCUUGAGAUAUAGGGGUCUAAAGACAGUACUACUUUUCCACACUCAUAUUCCCCUUUUCAGACCGUCUUCAAGCGAAAAACGACCUGAACGCGUACACGGUUCUCUGCGCGUACACCCAGAAAAUGCUGGAAAGUCAAUUGCGACUCAAUUGUGUGACCGAAGUGAUCAGAGAGGCAUUCGAGACGGCCGAACGGCACGACGAGCUCUGGUUCGAUUCGGACGAGAAACCGCCGCUUUACGGAGUUCCGUUCAGUGUCAAGUGCAGUUUUGAUGUAAGGGUUUUAGCGAUAAUUGAACAAAUAUUAUAUCAUUUUUAGAUGAAAGGCUACAACACGACACUUGGUUUCGUAAAGAAGCUCUCGGAGCCGAAGAACGAGAGAGACUGUCCGUUCGUGGCCCAUCUACGGAACCUCGGCGGCGUUCCGUUCGUUCUGACCAACUUCGCGCCGGGAUUCAUCUCGUACAUCAGCUCGAAUCCGCUCUACGGCACCACUCGCAACCCGUGGGCCCUUGAUUGCACCCCCGGCGGAUCUUCUGGCGGCGAAGCGGCUCUGGUGGCCGAUGGAGGCGCUCCGUUCGGAAUCGGAUCCGAUCUGGGAGGCAGUCUACGAAUCCCCGCCGCUUUUUGUGGACUUGUGACCCUAAAACCGACGCAGAGCCGCUUCCACGUCUCCUACAACUACGGUGGCCGCAUGGGCCUCAGCUACGGGUUCUACACGAAACGUGUCGAGGAGCAAGUGUUCCUGCUCGAGCUCAUCGUCGGAUCUCCGGAAUACCGUUCGCUCGAGCCAAUCUCCUCUCCGGCUCCUCUUCAAAUGAAAUCGGUUCGCGGACGGAAGUUCCGCAUCGGAUACUACGAGGAUGACGGGUUCAACCCGCCCGUCCCUUCGUAAGUGACGGUCCUGAACCCAAGAGAUCAUUCAGAGCACUCAGAAACCGACGAGCCGUGACCGAAAGUGUCGCCCAACUCGAGAACGACGGGUACGAAGUCGUCCGUUUUCGAUUGGAAGACGUCGAUCCAAAGUUCCAGCCGUUCCACGUGGCAUCUAUGCUCUUCAAAAACGUCCUCGCCGACGACGGAAAGUUCAUUUUGGAGCUGUACAAAAGCGAGCCAAAAGACCCGCACAUGGGCUCGUUUGCAACGAUGCUCCGCGUGAGUUCUGUGAAUUAAAAUUGACAAAAGUACCCGUUUUAUGUAGUUAAACGACUGGACAAUAUUCCGUUUUCUCGCCACUCCCAUCAUUUCACUAUUUUCGAAAAGAGGAGCUCUUAUUGCGAGCGCUCGAAACGGGACAUUGGCUGAGGCGAGGAGGAAUCAAGAGGAAACGGAUGUUUAUAGACUUAAAGUGAGUGGGAAAUCGUGGUUUGGAAAACAAAACAUACUUCUUUCAGUUCAUACAAUAUUGGAAAAGUCUCGAAAUUGACGCCCUCAUCUGCCCCUCUUUUUGCAGUAAGUUUCUCAAAUGUCUUUGAACGCAUAUAUCUCGGGAUCCUGUGAUUAUUUCAAAAAGUGGUCAACUGAAAAAAUGUAGCCAAUGGUGUGCUUAACAACUUUUUAGUUGAUCAUUUUAUUUCAAAAUUUGUCCUUCUAGAGUUAUGCGCUAUUUUCUAAGCAACUCUCACUAGGGCGUUGGGAAGACGAAAAUAAAUGACCUAAAAAAGUAAUUUGAGAUCCCCCGAUCAGGUCCCAAAUCAAUAUACUUCCAGCACCGACCAUACCUCACAAGUACCCACCCCAAAUGAUGAAUACGGUCAUGUCCACCGGCCUCUACAAUUUGUUGGAUUUACCGGCUGGAAUUGUGCCGGCCGGACAUGUGACGGCGGAUGAUAUUGCCGAUUUGAACGAUGAGAAAAUGUUUCCGAUAAGUACGAACAAUUAAAUACCCAAUUUUAGUGAAAUAUCAAUUUUCAGACGAUUUGCUACUCCGUAAACAAAGAGACGCGUGCGCCAACUCGGAGGCGAUGCCCAAUGCCGUUCAAAUUGUCGGAUUGCCGAACGAGGAGGAAACCGUACUCGAAGUGAUGAGAAUCGUCGAAAAAUUCCAUGGUCCUAUGAGCAAACCGCCUAAAAAAUAA